AAUAACAAAAUAAUUAGCUAGCAGCAAAACACUCUGCAUCCUUGAAUGCACUAGAAGAGUUUUCAAAAAUAAGAAAAACAGAGAUGCAACGUGAAGAACUGUUGCAGUCAUUAAGGACAAUAAGCAUGGAAGAAGAAUUACGCAAAACAAAAAUUGGGCUGGUCAAUUCCGUAGCCACUGCAAACAUUAAAGAAUUUCAAAGGCAGGACUUUGAGCAUGAAAGUAAACGAUUGAAGCUUGAUAUAUUGAGCAAUACUCAUAUCGCUGAAGAGUACGGCUAUAGAAUUCAGCAAUAUGAAACCCAGUUGGAUGACUAUAAGCUACAAUUAGAUACCUACAAAUCGCAAAUAGAAAAAUACAAAUUACAAUUAAGGAACUGCAAGGAGCAAAUAGGUGAUUAUGAAGAUAAAGUCGAGAAGCUUCAAAAAGCAAAUAUACAAGUCAGUAAAGACCUUGUACGACUACAGCGUGAACAUGACAUGGAAACCAAAACAUUAAUUGAGGGCUUUAAACAAAAGGCAAAGGCAUAUGAAGAAAAGGUGCGUAAAAGGCUAGAAGAGUCCCAAGAACCAUGAGUUACUUUCUUGUAAUUAAUAAAUAGAUUAUACCUCUUUCCAUCUGUUCUUGAACAAGUAUUUAUUAAAAAAGAAGAUAUGAAUGUUCUACGAGCAUGUAUGAAGCUGAACGCGAGUGUGUGCAAAACUUUCAAAAAAAUUGGAAAAGUCGAAUGAGUUGGAAUAAACGUCUUGCUGAGGGACAUACUCAAGACUUAUUUAACAGGUUCUUUGCGAAAG